AUGUUCAGCCGGGGUUGCGGGGUCCUGGCCUUACUCUUCCUCACACUGAUCCCUUGGCCGGGGCCCUCAGUCUUCAAAAUAACUUGCUCUCGUGACAACUCAAAAAUAGUAAGAAAAGUUAUAGAAAAUAAAUGGCUUCCAGUAUUAGAGCGGUUUCAGGUGAAACUGCCACUGGAAUGUCCUUUCCACCCAGCACGCGACAUAUUCGCGCCCCAACAUUCAGCCAAGUUACAGCACCGGCCAUCACAGUGGACAUGUGCUUUCUGCGGCAAGUCCUUCUACGAGGAACGACAUCUAGACACACACUUCGACCAGAGGCACAAGAACCAGAUUAAUAAGGCGGAAGAUGCAGUUUGCUUGGCAGACUACUGCGACAUCAUGCGGUGUCAGGUGCUCGUCGCACACGGCCUCCUCAGUGGCACUGGGGGACCGAGCACUGAUAUUGAAGUAUGGCAAGACGUGGAGUCAGUGAAAAAAGCACUGGCACCAGCAGCGACUCGGAGCGUAGCCAGAGUGUCUGCCAGAAGACGUCACAGAACGCGCACCGCGCCACCGCCCCCCAUCGAAGACUGCCCGCGGUCAGAAGCUGACGCAAGAGAGGAAGAAUCAGAAGUAGAAGAAAAAAGAACAGAAGAUAAUAAUGACAGUGACGCCAAUCAGACGGCGGAGCUCUGUGAUGCGGACACCGUGGAGUCGUCGCUACCUCCCGACAGCCGGCAUAAGAGGCUGGCAGACUUACAGGCAGAACGAGCAGCUUGUGACCCUACCCGCCUUCAAACACUUAAGGUCCUUUAUUAA